AACUAACUGGCAAUGUGCCACUGUGUGGCAAUGGAAUCAUUGACAAAGGGGAAGAUUGCGAUGGAGGUGGAAUGGGUCUCAGUGGAUUAGACAAAUGCUGUUCCAGAGAGUGCAAGUUCAUUGGUAAUGCCACCUGCAGUGCCACCAACUCAGAAUGCUGUAAGAAUUGCCAGAUGGCGCCACGAAACACCCUGUGUCGUGGAGCCAGCAGAGAACUAUGUCAAGAGGCGGCAUUUUGUUCUGGUCUGAGCUUAGACUGCCCCCUGUCCAGUCCAAUGAAAGAUGACACUCCUUGCAUUGAUGAAGGCAAAUGCAUCAAUGGGACAUGUCUAGACUACUGUGCUUAUGAGGGUUAUCUGAUCAAUCGGAUAUUUAAACCAUGUCGCUGUGAGGAAGCUGAAAGCUCUUGCCUACGCUGCUGUAUGUCUGCCGAGGAAGCCUGUAGACCACUGAAUAAAUCCAGCAGCUUUGACAGUUUUCUCCAGGAUGGGAGGCCUUGCCAGUAUGGAUACUGUGAGGCUGGAAAGUGCCAGAAAGCAAGUGCCAACAUGAUUCAGAGAUUGUUCGACUUUAUAGAGCACUUGGAUUCUAGCACCUUUGUGGCCUUUAUGAAGAGCAACAUUGUUGGAACCAUCAUCGUGUUCUCUCUUGUUGUGUGGAUCCCACUGAGCUGGACAAUUAGUUGUAUUGACAAGCGCAAUGCAAGGAAGUCCAGAGAACAGGAUCUUCGCUGGGUCAGUAAUGAAGCACUUCUGUUUCAGUCCUUGCAG